AUGCUUGAAGACAAUCCAAUGUUGGCGAUAAAUGUUAAAUUGUGGAAAUAUUUCGCUGUCAUAUUUCCGGGUCGUGACAAUCAUUGGCGUGUUUAUCUAUUUGUUUUGCCCGUUUGCGUAAUGAAUGCGAUGCAAUUUGUCUAUUUGUUUCGCAUGUGGGGCGACUUGACUCCAUUUAUAUUGAAUACAUUUUUUGCGGCCGCAAUAUUUGAUGCUCUAUUACGGACGUGCCUUGUCAUUAUCAAUCGGGAUAAAUUUGAAGCAUUUAUUUUGGAAUUGUUAUCGAUGUAUAAAGAAAUUGAACAAAGCAAUGAUAUUUAUGCCAACAGAAUUUUAAAAGACGCCGCCAUAUCAGCCAGGAAAGUAUCAAUUUUCAAUUUAACAGCAUCCUUUUUCGAUAUUAUAGGAGCUUUAAUAUAUCCUUUGUUGGUUGACGGAAGAGUUCAUCCAUUUGGAGUCGCUCUACCGGGUGUUGAUAUGACUGCUUCGCCAGUCUAUGAAAUUUUCUAUAUCAUACAAUUUCCAACACCUAUGAUUUUGACAGCCAUGUACAUGCCGUUUGUUAGUUUAUUCGCUUCAUUUGCCAUGUUUGGUAAAUCAGUGUUAAUGAUUUUGCAACAUAAACUUAAAAGUAUAUGUGAUGAUGGUAAGACGGAAGAGGAGCAAUUUAUGACUUUAAAGGACUGUAUUCGGUAUUAUAAUCGUAUGGUGUGUUACACUAAGGAUUUUAAUUCCCUGGUAACGUAUAUUGUCUUUGUGGAGUUUUUGUUAUUUGGAACCAUAAUUUGCUCCCUAUUAUUCUGCAUGAACAUUAUUGAAACAUUUACACAACUUAUAUCAAUAAUAAUGUACAUAUUGACCAUGAUGUAUGUCCUGUUCACAUAUUAUUGGCAUGCAAAUGAAAUGUUAAUUGAGAGUAUUAAUGUGUCGGAGGCAGCUUAUUCUAUACCAUGGUAUUAUUGCAGCAAACGUUUUCGUAAGACAUUGUUAUUAUUCAUAAUAAGAACACAGAAGCCUUUACAGAUAAUGGUUGGUAAUAUCUAUCCCAUGACUCUGGCUACAUUUCAAUCUUUACUUAAUACAUCUUACACAUAUUUCACCAUGUUGCGGGGUUUGUACAAUCAAUAA